CCGGUAAAACACCAUAAAACACUCGACAAGAACGGCAAGGACCAAUGACAAAUAACUGUCAUUAUUACUUCAAACUAAAUUUAAAAACUAACAGUACGCGAAAUCCCCGUUUUCAAUAAUCGCUUUAGGAUGUGCGACGAUGCAGCAGGCUCAAAAAACUACGAAUUUAUCCCGAUCACCAAAUGCCCCUUGGAAUAUGGCACCAGACUCUUUUACGAUGAUUGCACCCAAUCCCUCUACUUCGUAGACAUGCCAAAAGCCACCGUUUACAAAUAUUCAUUGGCAUGCAAGAAAUUAACAAAAGCGAAAAUCGGCUGCGAAGGACAAUUGGCGUUCAUGUUCCCCGUGGAAGGUUCGAACUGCAAGUUUAUAGCAGGCAUCGGCAGGAAAAUCGUGUUCGUGAAUUGGGACGGGGAGGUUGACGCCGUGCCCGACUUCGAAGAGAUCCUCGAGGUGGACACCGAGCCGGACCUGUGCAAGAACAUGUUGAACGGGGCCAAAAUAGACUUUUGCGGCAGACUCUGGGCUGGAACUAUGGGUCCGGUGGACGACAAAGGCAACGUUGCGCCGGGAAAAGGGUCGCUCUACCGCAUCUCGCAGGGUUGCAGUUCGAAGCAGAAAUGCAGGAUCGGGAUUACCGGCGGCUUGGCGUUUGACUGCAAAAAGAAUAAAAUGUACUUUUGCGACACGAACGACCCGAAAAUAUUCCAAUACGACCUUUCGAAAGAUGGGACAAUAGGCAAUGAAAAAAUGAUAUUCGAUUUUGCGAAGAACAAGUUAGAGGGCAAACCGGACGGCAUGUAUGUGGACAAAAAAGGAGAUCUUUGGGUGUGCGUGGUGUUCGGAUCGGCUUUAAUUAAAAUCGACGUUUGCAAUGGAAGUAUCAAGGAGAAAAUCGAUUGCCCUACAGCUCAAGUAACAUCCGUAGUAUUCGGCGGUCAGAAACUCAACGAAGUUUACAUCACUACAGGGAAAUUAUGUGUAGGCGGAAAACCUCCAGAAGGACCAGCGGGAAUGACGUUGCAAAUAAAGGGCUUGGAGGCGGGGGGAAUUAAGGACGUGAGAUACAAGGAAUAAUUCAUCUAAAAAAACAUCUAGCAUUAAUCCAAUAAAGCAACAGGCGCGAAAUUUGUGUAUGAUUGUAUAUAAUUACAUCGAAUUACAUUGCUUUUAUUUCUCGGAAACCUGAUUAUUUAGGUAUAGGAACAUGAUAUACCAUUUGAAAGAGAAUUUAAUUAACUUUUUGAACAGUUAAAAAUAU